CUCAUUGAAUUCAACCAAAAUUCAACAAGCCAGCCUCAUACCGAAAAUGAGGUUAUGCCAAAGGUGAAUUCUGAGCAUGGCGUCCCCACAAAAUUUUGUCCAAGUGGAUUCAGUCCAAAGUUUUGAAAAAGUUUUAGGAAGCAGUGGAAAACAACUGGUUGUUGCUUUCUUUUCUGCCUCGUGGUCUGAAGAAUGUAAUCAGAUGAAAGAUGUUGUCACAGAGCUUGCAAAAGACUUAAUUCACUCCAAGUUUGUACAGAUUGAAGCUGAAGAAGUUCCAGAGUUAUCUGAACAGUAUUCUGUUGCAUUUGUACCUGUAUUUGUACUUAUCAAGAAUCAGAAAGAAGUUGGACGUGUAGAAGGUGCAAAUGCUCCUUCAUUAACCAAAGCUAUCCAACACCAUGCAACAUCAUUUGUAGCUCCUGUAGUAAAUGAAAGGAUAGAGACUGCACCUGAGGAUUUGAAUACAAGAUUGAAAAAUUUGAUAAGCAGUGCUCCAUGUAUGCUGUUCAUGAAAGGAAGUCCAACAGAGCCUCGAUGUGGCUUCAGCCGGCAGAUAGUCGACAUUUUUGCAAAAUACAACGUUAAAUACAGUCACUUUGAUAUAUUGGCUGACGAUUAUGUACGACAAGGUUUAAAGACAUACUCAAAUUGGCCUACCUUCCCUCAGCUCUAUUCUAACGGCGAUCUGAUUGGUGGCUUGGAUAUCGUCAGAGAGCUAGCGGAGAAUGGAGAGCUUGAUCAAAUGCUUCCCAAAUCAGAAGAUCUGGAUACAAGGCUUGGUAAACUUAUUCAUAGAGCACCCAUCAUGCUUUUCAUGAAAGGAGAUCCACAGGGGCCACAAUGCAAGUUCAGCAGAGCUGUCGUACAAAUCCUCAGCACAGUCAACGCAAAGUACGAUCACUUUGAUAUUCUUUCAGACAACGAGGUUCGAGAAGGACUAAAAAAAUACUCAAACUGGCCUACAUACCCCCAAUUAUAUGUAAAUGGUGAAUUAGUUGGUGGACUGGAUAUCCUAAAGGAAUUGCAAGAAUCUGGAGAGCUUGAAGCUACUCUGGCAGUUUGAGAACACUAAAUUUCAACUAGUUGAAAAUAGUAGGAUCAUGGUACAAAAGACCACGAAGUAGUUCUAAACUGAAGCAAACAGUCAAGUUAGCUUUCAAUAUGUCAACGUAUCUGUGUUAUCGAGCCGUUCCAUACCGGCUCUCUACUUCGAUAGGACUUUCUUAGUCAUCUAUAUACCAAAGAAUUGUUUAGAAUAUUUUCAGAUUCUCCAUUCAAUAGUCCCAGCUGUCUAAAAGCCAUACCAGAAAAUGAUAGCUAUAUUAGUUUCAUGUGUCCUAGUUUACAAAUUUAUUUAUUUGUAGCAAUAUCUUUUAUCUGUCAAUAGUCAAUGAUCUUGAGUGAAAAUGGGAGCUCUUAUUGAAUAAUACCAAUAAAAUAAUCACGUUUUAUAAUAAAGAACACCAAUCUCUACAGCCUGUUUGUCAUUGUCUGGUAUUUUAUUCCUCAAAGUUAUAAGAAAAUAUAAUGUAAUAAUUUUCAUCUGCAAUUAAGAAUAUGAUUGUUUGUUCUUAUUUUCCUAGCCAAUGUUGUACCUCGUACAUUUGAGAAAAAAAAUCUUAACUUAUAUUGAAAAUGAGAAACAUUUACUUUUUUCCUUCCUCUUAGUAUUAUCAUAAUGAUUCAGUAAUUUAAUGGAAAAACUAUCAUGAACUCGAUAUGUAUUUCAGCUUGCUUGUAAAAGAAAAUAUAUGGGCCUUCAUUUCUUUCAAAGCCUAAAAGCUUAAAAGGCUGAUGCCUCAAGAUUCAGAGAAUCGCAAAUGGAAGCUGAAAACAGUGUAUGGAGGAAGGAGGAUCAUAACGAUUUAAGUUAUUUUCUUAGUUAACUUGAUAUAGAUUAUCAAGUGCUCAAAAGAUUGAAAAAAUGAAUAAUAAGUAAAAUUUAGCCUUUAAAACACUCAUGACUUUCAUUCUCUGCUUCUUCAUUCCUUCUCAAAACUUUAUUGGAAGAACUCUGCUUCUUCAUGCCGUCUUUGAUUUAUUCAAACUUGGGAAUACAACUUCGGACGUCGCUGGCUACCAGAGUUUUAGAAAAGAUAUUGCAUUGAUGUUGAUGAGAAAAUUCAAUAUAUAUUAAUUAUAUUUUCAUCAACUAGCUGUUUUAUUAUUUUUUGCUGCUGCCCCUAAAAUCCAAGAAAGUUUAAAGAAACUUAAAGAUCUCUAUUCUAAGUUUCUUAUAGAAAGAGCAUAUAUUGACAAAAAAGUCCAACCUGGAAGGAACACUUUUUCCCAGCAAUUGAACGUUUACAGGGCCGCGGAUAGGAUUAAUGGGCUCCGGGUCAGCACCAAAGAAAAAUAGCAAAGCGCGUCUGAGGCAUUCUCUCCUACGAGGGAAUGCGUCACGGGAAAUUUGCUCUGAUGGCUUUUUUGCUGCUGCUAAAAUUUCUCUGGUGGCUAUUACGUGUGUCAAUUUUAUUAUAUUUCAACAUAACUGAUAUAUAAACGCUAUCAUUUUAUCUAGCUGAUAUAUUAAUGCUAUAAUGCAUGAAGAUACAGUUUCUUAGCCAUAAAAUAAACAUUUUGUUAAGUUCUAAAAUUAUCAAAACAGGCACGCUGUUGCCAAUAGAUUCGCGUACCACAGCUAGGAAUUGCCUAAAGCCAAUAGCUAAUAGUUAGGAGUUGCCUAAAAUAACGGGGUUUCCGGUUCUACUAAAUAUCAUUCAUAGGCUUUUGUCAUUAUUAUUUCGAUUAUUGACAGUUUGUAAUUAAGAAGAGGCUGAAUUAUUAGUUUUUUUUAGCUAAUUUAAUGCUUUUGGGCUCCUACCCUGUAGCCAUGGGCCCCCAGGUCAGUGACUCCUUGACACCCUUCUUCUCAGCACUGAACGUUAAAACGUUAAUUUUGCCCAAAAAGAGCGAAAGCAUCGAUCGUUUGGUAAUAAAUUAAAUGUCCUAUUGCAAAAUAAACAUAGCUAGCUUAAAAAACCAAAACUUGAUAUUCUUCGUACUGGAGUCCCCAAACCCAAGCUGCGUCCCUUGUUGCCAUUACACCAUAGCCUCCUUUGGCAUACCCACACGAGGCUCUCUUUCUCUCUCGAGCAAGUUGCUGAAGACAAGCAGUUUUGCCCGGAGCCAGGCUGAUUUUAGCACAACACUUCUAGUCAAAAUGCCUGUCAAAGUAUCACCAGUUAUAAGAUUUUCCAGGUAUGCUGCUCUUCUAGUAGGCAUGGCAUAUGGUUACAAGCACAAAGACACUGUCAAAAUUUGGGCUGCCAAAGACAAAGAAGUAGAAGAGAAACUUAGAAAAGAAAGAGAAGAAUUUGAAAGGAUUAAGAAAGAGCAAGAAGCUGCAGCUCCAAGCAUUUUCGACUCUUAAUUGGUGUGAAAUUAUCAUGGUCAAGAGUUUGUGGACAGACAUGUCAUUCUACUUUAAAUCACAGUUUCUUGUUUGCUUGGAUGUUGUAAGAUGAAAUAUUGUUAUUAUUGAAUAUUCUAUA